GCGGUGAUAAAAGAUGCAAAAAAUAAUUUAUUUGGUUUUCUUUUGUAGUAUUUUGACGUACAUGACGUGCAGUUUAAUCGGUCCAUUAAGUUUCGAUAUUCAAGCGGCGUCAAUCGUUGUCAAUGAUGUUGCAUUUGAUAAAAUGGGAACCUAUAGAGGAUUCACAGAUAAUAAUGUCGAAUAUCAAAAAUCAUUUUUCCUUUCAAGAUAUUCCAAAGCACCAUGGGCUGAGUCAAAGGCAUUUUGUAAAGCUUUUGAUUUAGAACUGCCGAGUUUUGAGACUCUUGAAGAAUCUCGUGCAUUUAUUAGCAUGGCUGAUAAUAACAGCAUUUUGAAGAAGUUGUCAAACGUUUGGCUUUGGACAGACGGAAUCACUUUAACCAAGAAAUCUACUACAGAUUGGACGAAGACUGGAACGAAAAUUUCAUUUUCUAUGGAUUGGUAUCCAGGACAACCAAGUGGAUCUGAUCAGUACUGCUUGUGUGUGAAACCAAACAAAGAAUCACAAUUUAAAAUGUUUAAAGCAAUUAAAAUUCUUUUUAUAAGCACUAUCUUUGCAAGCUCCAGUGCAUUUGUUGUUCAAUCAGCUACAGAGAAACAGACUGUUGUCGAUGAUGUAGCAUUUGUUAAAUUAGGAACCUAUAGAGGAUUCACAGACGUUGGAGCUGAAUAUCAAAAAUCUUAUUUCCUAUCGAGAUAUUCCAAAUCAUUUUGGGCUGAGGCAAAGGCAAUUUGUAGGGCAUUUGAUUUAGAAAUGCCAACUUUUGAGACUCUUGCUGAAGCUCGUGCAGUUCUAACAAUGGCUGAUAACAAUAGUAUUUUGAGAAGGAUGACAAAUGUUUGGCUAUACUUAGAUGCAAUUACUUUGACUGAAAAGUCAACAACAGAUUGGUAUUGGACGAAGACUGGGAAGAAAGUUUCAUUUCCAAUGGAAUGGUAUCCUGGUGCUCCAAGUGGUGCAGAUCAUUUAUGCUUAUGUAUUAGUAGGUCAACUAUUACAUCGAAUUUUAGAUUCAAUGACAUCGAUUGUUCUACAAAUCCACGUAACAUUAUUUGUCAAAGGAAUGAAAUUUAUAUUCCUAGAAAGGAGGAAAGCGAAAUUAAUUAAACCAAUCUGUACUUUUUUAAGU